AACAAAAUGGAAAUAAGCACAGAGCCUAUGGAAGAAAGUCUUGAGAAGGUCCAAACUAGUCCUCCAAUGCAAGUAGUACGGGUACCAGUGAAUCGUGCAAAUUUUGGAAUAAGAAGCCAUGCUAUGAACAUGAGUACAAUGGUAGAACUUACUUUCUUUAGUACACUUGGGAAGAUACUACCUUUUUUAGUUAUAAUAACAACUACUAUUGCUUUGCUAGUAGACUUACAAUGUCAUUUAACAGAUAAAGAAGUUUGUGGCUAUCUUGGUGGCCACUGGGAUAUUAAUUCACAUAAUUUGUCAAUAUCAACUGCCUUUCCAUGCUGGUAUUCUGGUAAAGACAAAUCAGCUGCAGCUGCAGUUGAGGCUGAAAUUGCAAGAGCUAUGGAAUGGAAGCAGGUCACUGUAGUUGGAUUGUGUCAUUCUGGUCCUAGGUCUCAUGCCUCCCCUUCACUUAGAGAUGUUGACUCUCAGUUAAAUUGUCAGAUUAAAAUGAAAGGGCCUAGUGAUAAUGGAUACACUCCAUGUGUAGGAUUAAUAUGUUCUCCUUACAACACCGAUAGCAGUUGCUAUGAAUCUAACUUCAAUGUUUUUUGUUUUUUGCCACCCCCUGAAAAUCGAUUUCAUGAAUAUCCAAGGCCAAUGUUGUUAAGUUACAAAUUAUCUCAAGAGCACUUUCUUUCUCAAGACACAUCAGAAGAAAUAAGAAGAUGUAUAGAAUAUUAUAGAAGUGAGGGAGGUAUUGAUUUUACUGCUAAUUUUAACAACAAUACAACAUAUCUUGAACGUUUGAGGUGUUCUCUCGCGUCAAAAUUACCGGAACGAAAUAGAUCGAAUGGUUCUUAUUGGGAUGUAAUUAGAGAAAUGAUUUGUUCUGGUUCUGAAGAUGGAACUUCCCCAGAAUUUCUUUCAAUCUCAGAACCAAUUAUUCCAUCAGUUCCACCAGGAUUUGGACUUGCACAUGCAGCUGUCUUCCUUACUCCUGUGAACUUUAAACCUGAUAGUGCAAUAAUUACUCCAACAUCUAAGCUUUUUAUCAAAGAUGGAAAUUCUACAACAUCUAAGCAACACAUAUCGCCCACGGAAGUGAUGCCCAGCUUUCAGUCUGGAGGAUUGAAAAUCUCUGUAAAGAAUACGAAAUGUGACUACGAUUUUCCACCAGCUGAUUUUUCAAAGAUGCCGAAUCCCCUUGGGACAGAUAAUAGUGUUAAUAAAACACGUUCAUCUACACCACCCGAUUAUCCUUUAGCGGACAUAACUCAACAAAUUUCGAAGUUCUCGGACUUAACGAAGUUGGCAAAUUUUUCUACUGCAGAUCUAGCGAAGCUUUCCGGCUUUUCCAUUGCAGAUUUUACGAGAACAUCGUCGCCUUCGCCAUAUACGUAUAUGCAUAAUAUUGCAAAUUUAUUUGGACCAAUAUUAAUUUUGUUGGCGUCUUCUCGAAGUUUGCAAUCAAACAAAUCAAGUCAAUUUGGCAAUGAUGCCAAAGUUUAUGAAAUACAAUACAAUAGAUAG